AUGAGUGAACAGCUGAAGUUCAUCGUUGAACAGCUCAACAAGGACCCGUUCAAGAAAAACUUCAACCUCAUCACGUUUGACUCCCUCGAACCGAUGCAGCUGCUGCAGGUUUUAAACGAUGUUCUGGCUGAAAUAGACCCAAAGCAAGCUAUAGAUAUCCGUGAAGAACUGCCUGAACAAACCAUAAAGAGAAUGUGUGCUCUGCUGGGGAUGCUGAAGUACAAACCGCCUGGCAACCUCUCUGAUGUGAGCAGCUUCCGACAGGGCCUGGUGAGCGGCAGUAAGCCCGUGGUGCACCCGAUCCUCCACUGGCUGCUGCAGAGGCUCCCCGAGCUCAGGAAAAGGGCUUAUUUGGCUCGCUUUCUAGUCAAGCUGGAGGUGCCUGCGGAGUUUCUGCAGGAUGAUGUUAUCAACGACACCUCUCAUCAGUAUGAAGAGCUGGUGGAAGGUUUUAAGACGUAUCACAAGGAGUGUGAGCUGCUGAGGACUUCAGGCUUCUCCACGGCAGAAAUCAGAAGGGACAUCAGUGCGAUGGAGGAAGAGAAAGACCAACUCAUCAAACGUGUGGACAGGCUGAAGAAGAGGGUGGAGUCAGUGUCCAACCAUCAGCGGAUGCUGGAGCAGGCCAGACAGCUGCGGGUGGAGAAGGAGCGAGAGCAGUCACUGACGCACCAGAAGCAAGAACAGAAGAAUCAACUGUUCCAGGCGGAGCAGAGGCUGCAGAGAUCGCAGCAGCAGUUGAAGGAUUUGCGACAGGCUGCAGCCGAUGCCAAUCCAGAAAGCUUAAUGAAGAGGCUUGAAGAGGAGAUUAAGAUCAACUCCUACAUGGUCUCCGAGAAACUCCCCAAAGAGCUGGAGGGUAUGAGGCGCACAGUGCAGUACCUGCAGAAGAUAGGGUCAGAGCCUGCCAUGGGCCAGGCCGACCUCCAGGAGCUGGAGGACAAGAUUAAAGAAGCUGAUUCUCAGAUUAACCAGCUGAUUGAGAAGAGGAUGAUGAGGAACGACCCCAUGGAUGACAAACUGACCCUUUACAGACAGCAGGCCUCCAUCAUCAUUCGAAGGAAGGAGUCAAAGGCGGAGGAGCUGCAGGAAGCGAGGGAGGAGUUGGCCACUGCAGAGAGGGAGCUGAGGCAGAGGAGCAGCCAGGCACAAGCCUCCGAUGGGGGAGAGGUCGUCCGGGGGGAUGAGCUGAAACGUUUGGUGGGGAAACUUCGCAGCAAGGGAACCAUGUACAAGAAGAAACGUCAGGACAUCUCUGAGCUGAAGGCAGAAUACGGAGUCCUGCAGCGCACGGAGGAGGUUCUCAAGCAGAGACAUGAAGGCGUGCAACACAAACUGCAAACUAUGGAAGCUGAGAAGGGCAUCUCCGGCUACAGCGACACUCAGGAGGAGCUGGAGAGGGUGUCGGCCAUCAAGAGCGAGCUGGACGAGAAGAAGGGCCGCACGCUGGACGACAUGUCUGACAUGGUGAAGAGAUUAAACUCUAUGAUAGUGGAGAAGAAGUCGGCGCUCGCCCCCAUUAUAAAAGAGCUGCGGUCACUGAGGCAGCGGUGUCAGGAACUGAACCAGGAGUAUGAGGAAAAGAAGGCGCAAUAUGAAAGUUGUACUGCUGGUUUGGAGAGCAACAGAUCUAAAUUGGAGCAGGAAGUGAAAGCUUUGAGAGAGGAGACAUCGCAGGAGGAAAACCGAUAUCAUUACAUCAACUCCAUGUCAGAGAUCAUUGAGAUGCAAAUACGGCGUGCGGCUGAAGAGAUGAAGGCCUAUGUGUCCUCUGAUCCACAAGAGAAGAAGAAGGCCAUCAGGGAAGUGUACAUGAAGAACAUCUCAGAACAGGAGUUACUUGGCAAGAAGUUGCGUGAGAAGCAGAAGAUGGUGAGGGAGAGCCACGGCGCCAACAUGGAGCAGAUGAAAAUGUGGCGUGACCUGGAGACGCUGAUGGAGUGCAAGAGGCAGUGCUUCAUACGAGCCCAGAGCCAGGCGUCCAUCGGUCAGGUCAUCCAGGAGGGAGGCGAGGACCGGCUGGUGCUGUGAGGACGCUCAGGCAAAGGUCACGCUGCAGAGUUCAAGUUUAUGUUCUAUAUUCUACCUUUCACCAAACUGUCUGUCUGUUACACCCUGCCAGUCCAGUGUCGCUUUAAACUUUACCUUGUUCAAGCUCUUUCUAUGACCUGUAUAAUGCGUUAUAAGUAUGUUUUAUAAUGCGUUAUAAGUAUGUUUAUAGUGCGUUAUUAGUAU